CCAAUACAAGAGAGAAAAUGAGGCGGAAAAAAUCGAACAAGAAAUAGUCCUGACAACAGCAGUCAAAAAAUCAGCAAGCCAAAUUUCCCGAAUCCCGUAUAUGUAGUUUUCAAGACAAGCAGCUCACACUACAUUUUGAUCUGUAUUCGACGCCUACCCUCAAAUCCAAUUACGCCUCUCAAAUUUUCCCAGAGCAGAAAAAUCAACCCAAUAAGCCAAUAAAAAUGGUGACUUUAGUGGUGGCUACCACCUGCGAUCCGGCGUCGAUCAACCCGGCCAAAGCCCUCUUGGCCAUGCCCGGUUGGCAGCCUGGCCCCACCCUGGAGGGCGGCAUCAGAAGCUUCAAGAAUGGUGGCUCCCUUCGAUUACUGGAACAAGAGAAGUUUAUAAUUGAAGAAGACGAUCUGGACUUGAGAUGGGAGGCGGCCACCGGAGAGACGGUGGUGGAGGUGAUUUUUCUAUCUCGACACGCCGCCGUUUCAAAUCGUCCUGCUCUCACUAUCCACCCUAUAGGGGUACCCCAUUUGAAGGAUGGAGAUGUUCUACCACAAGGGGGAAAACCAGGAUGGGCGGCGCCACCUUGUCCUCGUAUGGGGCCAUGGCUGCUGCUCUUGAAGAAAAUUGCUGAGUCCCACAAUUUACUGCCUGAAUUUGAGAUAACUUUGGAGGCUACUCAUCAUGGGCCUGUAACAACGAAGCCAACAAUGUUUAUUGAGAUAGGUAGCACAGAAGAUUACUGGGGAAGACAGGAUGCUGCUCGUGUUGUUGCUCAAUUAGUUUGGGAAGGACUUGGUCUUGGAGAAGGUGCUGCUACUGGAACUUGGAGCAGUGCAACCGAAAAGAAGAAGGUUCUCCUUGGUAUUGGAGGAGGGCAUUAUGUACCUCGGCACAUGGACAUAAUUAUGAAAGACGGGACUUGGGUCGGCCACCUCAUCUCCGGAUAUUCUUUGCCAAUGGAAGAUCCUGGACAGUUGAAAGAGAAAACAACCACUGACAGCAUUGGAGGGACAUGGAAACAAGCCAUCAAAGUUGCUUUUGAUGCUACCAAAGCAGCCUUCCCAGGCGGAGAAAUUCUGGCACAUCUUGAUCAUAAGAGUUUCAAGGGUUGGCAGAAGAAUGCUAUUACAGAUUUUCUAGGCCAACAGGGCAUAAAAGUCGGCAAGCCAGCAGACUUCCAUUGAUCCCGAUGAUACGGUACCAGUCUCGUUCCAGCAACCAUGGCCGAAUCCAAGAUUUUAUAUGGUUGUCGGAAUACUGUAACAGUCCAUUUGCUGAUUCAGUUCAUAGAUACUGGGAGGUAGAAGCUGAAAUCUGCU